AUGGUUGGAGCUGAAGAGAGGGAACGGCGCCCGAGUUCAGACAGAGAUGGUAGAAUUUAUUGCCUUGCCGUUCCCGUUCUCAAGUAAAAUUAAAAUUUGGUCAUUUCACGUCGUAAUUGUGCAGGGACAGCAAAGAAAUGAACAAAAAAGCGUGACGUACGUGCAGAGUUGUUGUUGUGCUCAUUAAACCUACUGCUUUUUUGACGUUCUCCUUGCCGUCGCCGUCGUAGUUUUGUAAGGUCCCUAAUAUAUUUGGGAUUUUUUUUUCUGCCCCUAGUAGUAAUCCCAGAAGUCUCUGAAAAAGUGAGGCCCGAGCCUGAGCCGAGCCUGAGCCUGCACUGGCAAGUUAGUGACUCUUUUGGUCAUGAUGUAACCUUUUUCCAUAUUCACAGGCACUAUUUACGCCUCAAUACAGUCUGUCAAAAUUAUGACGUCAGCAUCAAGUGUGAAUGCAGUUGAAAGACAGACAACACCUGGAGCAAUGACAUCGACACUUUUAGUAGAAACACUGAUCACUACAAGAGACAGAAGCCUUGAAACUUUCACCAUGCGUUUUUUAUCAAAAGAAAACAUGUCGGAAAAUUCACCAAAUAGAGACAAAUUCAAGACAUUCAUAACCAAGACAAUGUCAGAAUUGGCGUCGCAUACAAUCUUAGACAUGACGCACGCCACGGCAGACCACAGGCCUACCAACCUUAACAACAACUCAAAUAAUACAACGCACGAAAAGCAGGAAACACGGAAAGAUAAGGAUUGGCAGGUGUCAGUUAUCAUAGUCAGUGUUCUAAUUGUUGGAAUGAUUGUUCUUGUGGUCAUUUUGUAUAUAAGAGGUUAUCACAGAGAUAGGUUAGCUACAAACAGGAAACUUAAAGUAACAUUCGACGCUUCCGUACCUCUAAUUAGAGUCUCGGAUGUAUAA